UGAGCUCAGUGAAAACACAAAGCUCAGAGAGAAACAGACCUCAAGUUGUGAUAGCAGCAUUGCACGGCUUACUAAGACAACACUGAAGAUUUGGAAUCAUGGCGGUUACGAAUUUCCACUACAUUACCCGGAUGAGCAGUGGCUUCAAAGUAUACAUCUUAGAGGGUCAACCCAACCUGAGAAGCGAAGACAGAUUUCGCCACAUGACAAGCGACAGGGUACGGAUGCGUCCCGCGCAUCCAGUAAAGCGCAAAUACAGUUCAGAGAGAGGGCACACUUUGGAAGAGAGAAGGGAGAGGGCCCUUAGCAAGAGCCUGGCCAACGUUCGCAGAUCAUCUGUGUUCAGUAUUCCAGAAAGCCCGACAUCCACAUGGAGCCCCACAGCCAGUCCAACUCACCUGAUCCCAAGCCCAGUGUACUCCACCCCAGUCAUGGAUGAGCCUCUGGCCCUGAUCAAGAAGCCACGCCCAGAACCAGAGAAAACAGAGUGCCAGAGCAAAGCUACGACAGUCAGACAAAUACAGGUACGACCUUCUGUUAUCACAUGCGUGUCUUCGGCAACAAGGUCUACAAAAAAACCUGGAGACUGCUGUGAUCAUGCUACAAUUGUUAGCCAGCACAGUUAUGACCACGUUGAGGAGCAUUUCCAGAGAAGUCUUGGCUUGAACUACCACAGAGCUUCCCCCAUCAGCGUGUCUGUAGACGACCACUUUGCCAAGGCGCUGGGCGAUAAAUGGCUCCAGCUCAAAGCUUCGUCUUCCUCAUGCAAUUCGUCCUCUUCUUCACUGUCUUCCUCAUCUCCACCCAGCAGUCCAACCUACAUCCACUCGCCAGGCUACGCCCAGAGCCCCAAGACAACCUGCAAAGAGACCGUUAGCCCUACCACGACCACAUCCAACCUGUGGUCUGAUAAAUGAAGAAAAGAGGAAAGAUGUAGAUAUGACAGAACGGACUUGUGUUCAAAAGGCAUGUUGUGUAGCUCUGUGCGCUUUCUGCUGAAAAAAAAAAACAAAGGGAGAGAGCAGAUUGUUAACAGGAUCUGGACAGUUCCUGUCAGUGUAGAUGUCUUGAAUUUUACAUGAGGCUAUUCAAUGCUUUAGACUUUCAGAAAAUAAAAUCUGAUCAUUUCAUGGUAACAAAGCACUGUUGGAAGUGGCUUUCAUUUUUGUUGGUUUUGUGGGUGUUGUUGGUUUUUAUUCGUUGACUGUGAUUGCACUGAAUUUUAAUUACAUUUCACAUGUCUGCUUUAACCUUUAUUCUGAUACUGUAUGUAUAUUUAUAAUAGACGGUAUACCGAGAUCAUGUGACCCAAAAAGAAUUACUAGGUCGGAAAGUUUCAUGUUUUAUAGCGAACAAAUGCUUAACACAAGGUGGGGAAACGCUGUUGUUCAUUUCAAACCCUGUUUAGAUUUCAAGUUGUAUUAUAGGCCAACUUUUGUAAAUAUUUGUAAUAAAAGCAUUUUUUUAAACAUA